AUGUCAACAAAAUCAAAUAUAAACAACACCCUGUAUACGGUAACUUCUCUAGUUCCUGUUAACAAGAGUACAGAAGAGUCUUUAGCGCGUGACCAGCAUGCGGUAAUCGUAACUUACUGGGUGCUUAUGACUAUCGGCGCGCUUGGCAACCUGGCGGUGCUGGUCAGCCUUGCCAGAACGAGACGAAGGAAGUCCAGGGUCGACCUUCUCAUGACGCAUCUAGCUAUCGCUGAUGUGUCAGUCACUUGCGGUGUUAUACCAUUAGAGAUCGGAUGGAAAUACACGAACGAGUGGCUGGUGGGCAACGCGUUGUGUAAGAUUCUGCUUGUAAUGCGAGCCUUUGGUCUCUAUCUGUCUUCCAACGUGCUCGUCUGCAUUUCUCUUGACAGGUUUUUCGCUGUGCUGUACCCUCUGAAGUUGCGAGUGGCUCGCAAACGGAGUCAGCAUAUGCUUUACUGGGCGUGGGCGAUGGCGCUGGCGUGUAGCUUACCGCAGAGCGCUGUGUUCCGAGUCCUCCAGCACCCUCAGGUGCCGGGCUUCGAGCAGUGCGUGUCCUUCGAUGCGUUUGAAACCGUCGGCCAAGAGAUUGCGUACAACGUGAGCUGUCUUUGCGCGAUGUACUUCGUGCCGCUACUCAUUAUCACCGUUUGCUAUAUCUGCAUCUUCUGCAGGAUACGACGCUGCAGUAACGAACUCAAUGAAAACUGCGUGCACAAGAGAGAGUGUACCCCGGGCGUGCGUUUGCGACGCUCCGAUCACCGGUUGCUGGAGAGAGCCCGACAACGAACGCUGCGCAUGACCGUCAUCAUAGUCUCCGUGUUCGCUCUCUGCUGGCUACCCUACGCUGUCAUGGCUAUGUGGUACAUGAUAGACAGGCAGUCGGCGUCGCGCGUGUCGCCGCAGCUUCAGGAUUUGCUGUUCGCGAUGGCCGUCUCCAACUCCUGCAUGAACCCGCUGGUGUACGGCUCCUACACGCUGCGCUCCAACGACACCUUCCAGAAUCUAAUUAGAAAAUCCUGCUGUUGGUCGUCAAGUUCUAAUAAUACAGGUAACACUGCAUUGACUUCGCACAGAAAUAAAGUACGCAAUCUGGAGGAGUCGGCGGAUAAAUUGAAUAAGAACGGCAAGCACCGUGUCAAGAUGGGAGUCCGUUUCGCGGAGAGCUCUCUGAUAGAGCCGGCUCAGACGGGCGAGGUGCGCGUGCGGCGCGGGCACGCAUGA